AAUAUUAAUUUUGCGUAUGGUAAUUGUUUUGAAGUACUUACACAACCUCCAUACUGUUUGCAUUUUGACAGAUGAAGUCCAACCGGGAUGGCAUCACUCUGUCAAAAAUAUUUUUUUUAAUAGGAAACCCGGAGUAUCACUGUGUGGGGUGCAUUUCUGUGGCUGUUAGAAAUAGAGAACGUCAUUAUUUCUCAGUAAAGCUGCUAUUAAAUUCAAGUGGCUAAUAAAUGUGGUAAUUAUUGCGAAAAACUUUGUAUUAUUAUAUGUUUUACCCGUAAAACCUUAGCCGUUUCCAUGUGGUCUCUAAAUAGUCCACUGGAAAUCAAUUGCGCACAGGCAACUGAAUGUAAGGAGCUCAGAGGAGGCCAAAAAGAAUGCCUAAAUCGGACACGGAAGGUCUGUCAACAUCUAUGAUACACUCAGGAGGCGAGUCACACUCGCUGAUGGUAAAAACGCGCACGAGAUUUUAUGAGCAUCACCCGGCUUACGAAGAACUGUACAAAAGCACCAUGAGCCUACUCAAGGUGGUAAAUGAAGGGACUCACGAUGAAGGUGGAUCAGCUCCUCUUCUACCGCCUAUCGUAAGAAAUAAUAACACCACUAGUUUAAACAAUAAUACGAGUGAAGAAGAAGCUAAGGAUGCAUCUGGGGCUCUUGAGCUUAUUACCAAGGGUGAGGAGAAAGCGCUAUUGGCAAACCCCAUUACGACUGUAGCGAAUCCACAGGAUGUUCUCAUGGCGUAUCACCAUAAGCUUACACCCUAUGAGCGCAAUGAGAUACUCAACUAUAAGCAGAUCUAUUUUAUUGGCGCCACUGCGAUGAAGCGACCUGGUGUAGGUGGUGCGAACAAUUCUGACUAUGACAACGAUCAAGGAUCCUACAUUCACAUACCACACGAUCAUGUCGCUUAUCGUUAUGAAGUACUUAAAAUCAUCGGGAAGGGCAGUUUUGGACAGGUAGUAAAGGCAUACGAUCAUAAAACACAUCAACAUGUAGCACUAAAAAUGGUGCGAAAUGAAAAACGCUUCCACAAGCAGGCGCAAGAGGAGAUACGUAUUCUCUAUCAUUUGCGCAAGCAGGACAAAGAAAAUACACUCAAUAUCAUUCAUGUAUAUGAUUAUUUUACAUUUAGAAAUCAUAUGUGCAUAACAUUCGAAUUGUUAUAUAUUAAUCUGUAUGAGUUGAUUAAGAAAAACAAGUUUCAAGGCUUCUCAUUGCAACUUGUACGAAAGUUUGCACACUCGUUGCUCAUCUGCCUGAACGCACUCUAUGACAACGGUAUUAUCCAUUGCGAUCUGAAGCCAGAGAAUAUUCUACUCAAACAACAAGGAAGAUCUGGAAUUAAGGUAAUUGAUUUUGGAUCGUCGUGUUAUGAAGAACAGCGUGUUUAUACGUAUAUUCAAAGCCGCUUCUAUCGUGCCCCUGAAGUGAUUAUGGGUUUACGAUAUACAACUGCAAUUGAUAUGUGGUCUCUGGGUUGUAUUCUUGUGGAAUUGUAUACAGGUAGUGCUCUGUUUGCGGGAGAGGAUGAAUUCGACCAGCUGUCAUGUAUCAUGGAGAUGCUGGGUAUGCCUCCUGAGAAAAUGUGGGAACAGUCAAAAAAGCGUUCUACAUAUAUAACGUCCAAAGGAUACCCAAGAUAUUGCCGGUUGUCCACAAAUCCAGAUGGGACCACUAAGAUGAUACCUGGAAAAACGCCACGUGGAAAGUUUAGGUGCUUGCCGGAGUCUCGCAGUCUUAAGUCGGCACUCAAGGGAUGUGAUGAUCCUUUAUUCAUUAACUUCAUUCGAUGUUGCCUGGAGUACGAUCCUAUACAAAGAAUGAAACCGUGGGCAGCACUCCGACACAGCUGGUUCCGAAGGCGCUUACCACGGCCACCUGAUCCCGAUAUGGUUGCUUCCGCCUCCACCCUCGUUUCUGCCAGCAUGCAAGAAGCACAACCAGCUGUAUACAAGAAGUUCGCGAGCAAACAAUCACCAAGUGGCUCCACACUCUCACAUACGGAGGCAGAAGGGACAAUGUAAGUGCGAAACUCUAAAAUCAACGCAAGUUUCGCAAAAGAAUUAUCACCAUUGACUGAGCAGUAUAUUUAAAUGGUAAUCCCAGAGUUAAACAUUCAAUUCGUGGAUGUACGAAGGAAUGUGGCUACAACACUCAGAUCUCAAAGUAAUAUUGUGUGUGACAUUGUAUGAAUAUAAGUUUUAAAGAAGUUCCGGAUUUUUUUGGAAAUUUGUGUAUACAUUGUGCGACUGUGGAAUUAUAUUUAGUUUUAGAAUACAAAGUUAGUGAAGAAGAUGGUUAACAUUUUCAUCAUUUGUUGCGUAACUAUGCUAUAACGAACGUAUGAGGAAGAUGGAGUAGUAUAAUGCAUACUCUGUGACAACUGAAUUGUUAUUGUUAGAAAAUUAGGUUAUAAAACGCAAAGAACUAUGAGGCGAGCGCUCCAUUGUGGAAAAAGAACCACCAUGAUUAUUGGUUCUUACGGUGUCUACACCGUCAACUCGUCAAUUACCCCCUGGCAACAAUAAACGCAUUAAUACAAUAUGACAAAA